GGGUAUAAAGCCUGCAAGAGCUCAGCUCGCCCAGCUUACACUCUCCCCUGCAAAGCUCCUCUGUGCCCUCCUGGCAACCAGCUGUUCAGCCAAUCGGCGCUUGGCACUAAGGUUCACCCGCAAUAUCCGGAGCCAUGGCUGGUGAGUACGGGCGCCAGCUCCAGCGUGAUUCUUCCCGAGGAGGACGCGGGCUUGCUUGAGAAGAGCUCUGAUUGUAUUGGCCCAUUCAGAGAAGACGUCGUUCAACUAUGCCAUGAAGGAGGCUGCUAUAGAGGCUCUGAAGAAGAAAGGGUGGGAGGUGGUUGAAUCUGACCUCUACGCUAUGAAUUUUAACCCCCUCAUUUCCAGACAGGACAUCACAGGUAACCUGAAGGACUCUGAGAACUUUCAGUAUCCUUCUGAGUCAGCUCUAGCAUAUAAGGAAGGCCGCCUGAGCCCAGAUAUUGUGGCCGAACAGAAAAAGCUGGAAGCUGCGGACCUUGUGAUAUUUCAGUUCCCAAUGCACUGGUUUGGAGUGCCUGCCAUUCUGAAAGGGUGGUUUGACAGAGUGCUCGUUGGAGGAUUUGCCUUCACGUAUGCCACCAUGUAUGACCAGGGCCCUUUCAAGAAUAAGAAGACCUUGCUCUCCAUCACCACUGGGAGCAGCGGCUCCAUGUAUUCCCUUCAGGGUAUCCACGGGGACAUGAACGUCGUUCUCUGGCCAAUCCAGAGCGGCACCCUGCAUUUCUGUGGCUUCCAGGUCUUAGAACCCCAGCUGGUGUACGGCAUUGGCCACACCCCUCCCGAUGCCCGGACGCAGAUCCUGGAAGGAUGGAAGAAACGUCUGGAGACUGUCUGGGACGAGACACCACUCUAUUUCCCUCCAAGCAGCUUGUUUGACCUCAACUUCCAGGCAGGAUUCUUACUGAAAAAGGAGGUUCAAGAGGAGCAGGAAAAUAGAAAAUUUGGCCUUUCUGUGGGCCAUCACUUGGGCAAGUCCAUUCCGGCUGACAACCAGAUCAAAGCUAGAAAAUAAGAUUGUUUUUAUCCUAACAUGUGGUUAAACCUACGUAUCUUCUCUUCCAGCUUCCCUGACUGGCUUUCUUUUUUCCCUUUAUUCCACAAGAAUAGGAGAAGAAGUAGGCUCUCGCCUCCGACAUUUUUGGAUAGGUCUAUCAUCGAGUGCUUGUAGGGUUGCCGACAGCCAUAUGAACCGCAUCGGAUUAGACGCCACAGGUGGCCUGGGCUGUGAAGCAGGGAGAGGUGGAAGCAAGCUGGGACACACUCUCCCGUGUCGUCUCUGCAGGAUGGCCCCUUCACUUAGGGCUAGCCCUGGCUACGUGGCAUCCAACUCCCCAGCGACUUGUUUCUCUUAAUUACCCCUCGGUGGUUUAGGGCAGAAGGGAAUUUGCUCAAAGAAAACAAUGGCUGAAGGACCAGCUUGUUUGGUAGUUAGCGAGCUAGAGCCUGCUUAUGCCUCAUCCUGGUUUCAAUUAGUGUGCCCGGACUGGCGUGCCUUCCAGGGGAAUUGGUCUCCAGCUCUUCUCUGUCUUGCACACAGCACGCCCAGGUCCUGGGAAGUGAAUACUGAAACAGGUCUCUGUCUUAUUCUUCCAUCCCCCUCCCCCAAAUAAAUGAACACAUUUGAUGGUG